AUUCACGAUUAUCGAAUUAUCGUCUAUAGACGAAAAUGUAAAUAUUAAUAAAAUAUUAUGUUUAUUAUUGCUAUUGUACAUUUUAUAGUGAUUUACUGAUUUGAAUUGCUUACACUUACAAUUUCUGGUCGAACCACUUCCUGCCGGGGUAACAGAUGCAUUAGUGCAAAGACGGCAAACGUGUACGUGCAUAAACGUACCUACGAUGGAAGAAGACAGAGAUAAGUCGCCAGAAGACAAUAUCCCUUUGGCGGACGAUGAUCCUCAAGCCAUUAUCCAUGAUGAUCAAGACAUAUCUCAAUGUUCCGACAUCAUUGUACGCAAUCAAAGUAUGGAUUCAUUACAAUCAUCGUUUACUAACGGAAGUAAUAGUCCAAGCAGAAACAGUUUAGAUCGUGAUAUGAGUCCAGAUGAAUUGGAAGAAAAAGCCAGACUAAUUACCCAAGUUUUAGAACUACAAAACACAUUGGAUGAUUUAUCUCAACGUGUGGAUAGUGUAAAAGAAGAAAAUUUGAAACUACGAUCUGAAAAUCAAGUUCUUGGCCAAUAUAUUGAAAAUCUUAUGUCAGCUUCUAGUGUAUUCCAGACUACUUCUCCAAGAGUGAAAAAGAAAUGAAAAAUAGAGUAUUUUUGUUUAUUUGCUGCCAUAAACAAUGCAAAUUAAUUAAACUUAAAUGGUUAAAAUACGCACAAAGCUUUAUCUGCUUUAACUUCCAAUCUAUAACACUACAUAAACAAACUGUUUUUAAAAAAUAAUUAACUUAUUUCUGCUAUUUAAUUUAUAAAAUCUAAGUUAACAUUUUUUUAAUACAGUUACAUCAAUACUCUAAAUGUUAAAACUAAUAAUUUAU